AUGGACAGGGACGUGGAGCGGAGCUUUGCCGCGCUCCAACUCCAGGAAGAUCCGGGGCCUCGGCGUCGCCCCGUCCCCAUGCGGAGCCGCAUCCGCCGGCUGUCGGAUGUGCUGCGGGAACCGCAUGCAAACGGCGACGAUGCGGCUGCAAGACAUUCCCAGCGUCGGCCCAGCGGCCAAUUCAACGGGAUCCGGGAUAACGGGCAAACUCAGAGCGGUUCGAACCAACUCCAACUACAGGUUUACCAGAAUCCCGCGCGCAAUCAACAGAGCUCAAGUCAGCACGCCUUGAACAAUAUUAACAGUAUCAAUAACACCCAUAAUGAGCGACAGGGCCGCAGAAGGUCGAAACGGACUUCGAUUAUUCUGAUCGAGCACGGCGGAUCCGGAUCCCAAAGCCCGAAUCCGGUGGACAUUCUACCGGCGGUGUACAAGAUUCAACAACCUCAAGCUCCACAACCUCAUGCUCCACAGGUUCAAAACCCACAACUGCAAAAUUUGCCGGUCAGAUUUGUCACAGCUCCGCCUCCACAACAGCCAGUAGUACCAAUUUCAGAGAAUCUCCAGUUAGCUCCAAUCGGUUUUAAUCGUGAGUUUUUUUGAGAUUCUUUUGAUGUUUUUUGAAGCUUAGGAACUUAUAUAUAUAUUAAAAUUUUUUCAGAAGAGACGGUCAUCCACCAUCCACCUCCCAACUUCUUCUAUCCACAGCAUCUCCAGCCCAUGGAACCUCAAUUUUAUCAGCAGCCAUUCAUCGACUUUGCACCUGUCAACGGGAUCUUCGACAACUCCGGACACUUUAUUCCACAGCCCUUCAUCGUGAAUGGUGCCAAUGGAAUAAUGCCCAUUCAGAGAGAGGUAAGAGGUUUUGAAUGAGUUUUUUGUUAUUUAGGCCGUUUUUUGAGGUUGUUUCUUUUCACGGACGCUGCUAGAAAACGUGCACCAAUAUUGCCAGCUACUAAUACAGUGGCAAAAAACGUACCAUUUCGCAUCCGGGAAGCAUUUAAAAUGUGGCAAAAUUCUUCUCUCUCCAAGUGAAAAAACUUCGUUUUGAAGGGCACUCACAAAAAGAGUUGUCGCGCUUUUGAAAUCGGAGUUUUUUCACUUGGAGAGGGAGGUAUUUUGCCACAUUUUUUGAUACUUCCUGGAUGCAAAAUGGUACGUUUUUUGCCACUGGAUAAGGUGCCCCACUGUACACCUAUUGAUAAUUUCUGUUUUACAAAAAUGAUCGAAAUUUCAAGAUUUGAAAAAAAAAUACGCUAAAGCAUCAUCGUGAAAUUUACUAUUUUAAAAUUAAAAUUCACCCUACUUUAGUGUGUUCCCCAACCGAUUCCACAGCCGAAUAUCCCGCUACAACACAACUUUAUGCCUCCACCAAUCCAAUACACCGUCCCACCGCCAGUCCUGCCGCAGUAUCCGGACGCCCGCAACCUGUUUGCCCCAAAUUUGCCCGACUUUCCACCCGAACUGAAUCAAAAUCAUCAAAACCCGGCGCCAGCUCAGCGAAUCUAUGUGGGCGAUUCGAAUGGAGGGAAUCGGGUGGAAAACCAUGCGAACGGCGAGCAGCACGAGUCUGGGAGGAAUUUCCGACGUCGUGAUGACAAAAAACCCCAGUUGGUCGACGGACAACUCAUCAAAAGCGCGCUGUGCAGAAAUAUCUUGGCUCAUGGGAGGUGCGAUUAUGGGGAUCGAUGCCAUUUUGCGCAUGAUAUUGAAGAAUUGACGUUGAAACCGGUAUGGAUAUUUGAGAUUUUGAAAAUUUUUUUUGUAGAUUUGAAGCGUAAAACUCAAUAUUUUAAAAAUAUUUUAGGCUAGUGACAAUUUUAAGACCGUGGAAUGCAUGGAACAUAGCACUACAGGCCAGUGCCCCUACGGCUACAAAUGCCAUUAUUUCCAUGAGGGCGAAGAUCCCUACAUGCGGAGGAUCAACGACACCCGGAGUGUGGCCGACUUUAUGGCCGCCAAGGAGGAGUUCCAAAGAGCGAAGGAGGCGGCUGAGCGUUGUGCUGCCGAACCCGCGCCUUCAAAGGACGACCCAGGGCCUAAGCGGGCGAAUCCUGAGCCUUCAUUCAACUUUACUGGAUAA